UCCUCCGCGCCUUGUGCACAGAGUUCCCUGCGCUGGACACCACAUCCUUAUCGGUGAACAGCUACCAAUCGGCGCGGUUCAUGGAAGUAAUUUUUUUUUCUUUUUUUUUCUCGGACAUAUUUUUAUUCAAGUUGUCAAAGUGAAGGAACAUUGGAAAUGUUUUGGAACAGUCUGUUCAUCUCUGGAGGCUCGAGGUUGGAGCGGAUGGCCACAUUACUUCACUUGGGUCUGUUCCUGCAGCUGGCGGUGUGGAGAACGUCGGAGGCCAUGCACCCAGACUGUGCCGUGGUGGUUCAGCACAUGAGGGCUCAGGAAGAAUGCAACCAGAUCCUCAGACAGGAGGAGAACAACCACUCCUCAAGGACAGGUUGUCCGACAGCAUGGGACGAGAUCCAUUGCUGGUAUCGUGCUGAGGUGGGACAGGUGGUCAGCGUGUCGUGUGCUAAUGUCUCCCUGCUGUUUGCUAAUAACCAAGGUUAUAUCUACAGGAACUGCACUGAGGAUGGAUGGUCUGAGCUCUACCCCUCCUAUGAAGAGGCCUGCGAGUUCCCAGAGGAUGAGGUGACAGAACCAGAGACGACGUACUUCUCCAACUUCAAACAAGUGUACACGGCUGGCUAUGCUACCUCCCUCAUCUCUCUUAUAUCGGCUAUUUUUGUCUUCACUGUGUUCAGGAAGUUUCACUGCACCAGAAACUACAUCCACAUCAACCUGUUCUUCUCCUUCAUCCUGAGAGCGAGCGCUGUCUUCAUUAAAGAUGGAGUUCUUUUUUCUGAUGAAAACCUGGACCACUGCUUUAUGUCUACUACAUCCUGUAAAUCAGCCGUGGCCUUCUUCCAGUUCAGUAUCCUCGCUAACUACUUCUGGUUGCUGGUGGAGGGCAUGUACCUGCAGACGCUCCUUGCCCUCACCUUUGUCUUCCAGAAGAAAUACUUCUGGUGGUACAUACUCAUCGGCUGGGGUGUCCCGACAACGAUCAUAAUGGCGUGGAUCCUCACUCGCAACUUCUAUGAUGACAGAGGGUGCUGGGAUGACACAGAUGUGGCCUUCAUCUGGUGGAUCAUAAAAGCUCCAAUAACUGCAUCACUACUGGUGAACUUCAUCAUCUUCAUCAAUGUGAUCCGCAUUCUGGUCCAGAAGCUGAAAUCUCCAGGCAUCGGUGGCAAUGACACCAGUCACUUCAAGAGGCUGGCCAAGUCCACUCUGCUCCUGAUCCCUCUGUUUGGGAUGCACUACAUGGUGUUUGCCUUCCUGCCAGAAAACACGGGAGCAGAGGCCCGAAUCUUCAUCGAGCUGGGUCUGGGAUCCUUUCAGGGAUUUGUUGUGGCGCUGCUCUACUGUUUCCUGAAUGGUGAGGUGCAGGCCGAACUGAAGAAGAGGUUCUGGAAGUGGCAGACUCAGAGUUACCUGCGCUACAGUAAACGACGGCGCACGCUGUUCACUGAAAGCAGCACGGUCACUCAGAUAUCUGUCCUGGACAAGUCGAGCCCCAAGCCGGCCUCAGAGACACACGGCCUCACACCCAACAACGUCUCCACUGUCUGAGCAGCGCUGGACGGCGCUGGUCCUUGUGCUGUGUGUUACCAACCUGCCGGGAGUCGUCGUCAACAAAGAGAUUAAACCACAGAGCCUGGUUGUUGAAUGUUUAAGGUACCUCUUAAUUUAACACGAUACAAAUGAUCUGCAGAAUCCCACACGGGCUGCCUAAUCUAUAGGAGUUAACUUGAGUCUCUUUAUAAAAUCCCACACACAUCUUUCACAAACUCAAACUUUACCCCACGAUAUCAAUUAUUUUCCAACUUACGGGCUUUAUUAUUGGCUGAAGAAGAGGUCAUAUAUUUCGGUGCCCUUUGUGUUUAUCAUAGGCAGGAUUUAGCUUAGGGGGCCCUCCUCCACAUCUGACUCACAUACACCAAAUAUUUCUCCCAUUUUUACUGAAGCUCUCUUAUCACGACAGACACCAUGAAAACAUUUUUAUUUUUCACAUCAGAAUUAUCAUCAGUUUCUUCAGUCACAGCUCCCUUGAGUGCUUCUGUGCAAUUCUGUUUUCUCAGCUGCUGUGUUUUGUGGUUAAAUGUGGUUUUUUGCUCAUAUUUUCACAUACUAAGAGGAAAAAGGGCAAGUUGGACAAUGAUCCGGUAGAGGAGGAACGUAGAGGAAUUUCAGGAUUUUUUUUUAAAUGUGACAUCAAUUAGCGGGCACGCUUAAACAUUUUCGGGCUUGAAAAAAUCUUUGACAGUCUCUCUCAUUUUCUCCCAAUUUUAAAUGACAAAUUCCUUAGGCACUUAGAUAACCUUUGUCCUGGAGAGGGUAGGGAGAUUCUGGUGAUCAUGAUAGGAGCUGGCCAGCAGUUCACCACCUUAACCAGCGGUCAGGAGCUACUGGUGUAGCAAGAAGAACUUGAUCCCUCACAGGCCUCCCACCCAUCACUUUGACACAGCCAUUUAUAUUCUCCUGGAAAAACCUGUCUCCUAAAAAUUAUGUUAGUGUAUUAUUCUAAAUUAUGUUCACAACUAUGUUGUGGUGUCAGUGUAAUGGCUGCCUGGAUUAUAAUCAUAGAUGUUUCUAUGUGUGAUUGAAACACUACAUUUAUCUGCUGCUAUUUAUGAUCUUUCUCUAUCGUAAACCACGUGCUGCCAGUCCUGAAACAGAACCAUAUAAAAGUAUAAAUGCUGUUGACACUGUGUGGCAGUCCCAUUAUUCGGUACUUGCUGUCUUUUUUAAAUCCCUCUGGAUUGAUUGAUUCAGAUCACCUGUGUGCAGGUGUACUGAUUGGCUCCUAAUUAAUUAGUGAGAGCAAUUUGGGGCAUUCCCCUCACAGCCAAUCAGGGUGCGAUGACGCCUUUUUGUGAAGGCACCCUCAGGUGAUUUUGAUUCUGAUUCUGUCCUUGACACUCUGCAGACCUCGUCCAAACAGACUGUCAACACAAGCGCUGCUUUCUAAUUUAGCGAUGAUCAAAAGUCACCAUUCAUAAGUCACUUGCAUCAGGGCCGUGCUGAUCUGUGUAACAGGUUUGUUUGCCUUUCAAUAGCCUGAUGCCUGCAGGUUUCUUUGUUUGAACCUCUACAUACACAAGCUCCUCCACAUGCAAGAAGCACAUUUCCAAUCCGUUACUGGCAAAAUAGACAUUGUUUCCCUUUCGAGGCUGGUUUUCAGGUAUUUUCCUGCCAGUGCUGCCACAGCUGCAAGUGGUGAGUGUAUUUCAAGAUUGCCUAUUUUGGCAAAAAAAAACCCAACCCAAACAAUUGAAAUGCGUUUGUGACUUGCCAGGUACGUUAAUGAACAACAUCUCAGUGUUGGUAGAAUAUGUAUUUGUCAAUAUCACAUCGCUCUCAAAAUAUUCUUAUGGUGUGAAAUUAGUUGUAGGAAGUCAUUUCUAGGAGACGGGGCUGUGCUAGAACAUGCGACUUAGCCGGAGGUGCUGUUUGUAGCAAUCAAACCUCUAAAGUUUCUUUCACAAAGACGGACUCUGGCUUUCAUCUCACCAAGAGUCAGCCUCUAUUUGUCCGAAUUUCACAAAGCUACGUAGUUCCUGACGGUCUUGGGUUGGACUAAUUUGCUAUGUCCUUUUGAUAAAUUCAGACUUUUUCCAAACUAUUAAACUAACCACAGGAGACAAUUUGUCCUUUUUUGUAAAAGAAAAAGUUACAUUUUACUUUCAUCUUUUUUUUUUAAGGAAGAUUCAGAGUUUUAAAAGUUCCAGUAAAAUCUCAGUGCAGUGUAGACAUGUGGCUGGGAUAUUGAUGCAAGACUCCUGCAGUACUUCUGCUCAUUAAUCCGUCAUGUUGAGGAUGAUUUUCAAAUGGCGACUGGCACAUACACUGCUUCAUAUUUCCAACAGCUUGAUCUGUACAUACAUUGACUUAUUGCUCACUCAAAAAACACCAACAAAUCACAAUUUCUAAGUCAUGGUUUUUCUCCUUGUUGUCCUUUUUUCACUUUCAAAUAAACAUUGAUUUUUCAUAUAGAUCAUUUCCACCAGUUCUUUAGAGUUUAGAUGUCAGUGUGUUACCACCAGUGGCUCUGCAUGCAACAUGUUGCACAGUGCAUUAGUGCACAUCUGGAGCACUAGACUGUAAAAUCUAUUUGUCUGAUUACUGCUUGUAUGUCUUUGUGUCAGUGUAAAUAGACCUGAGCUAGAGUUUACAUUUUCUGAACAGAACCGUCCCUCCAACAGAUUUGGAAACCAUAUAAAAUGACCUUAUUUUUAUGGUUGAUGAAAUGGAUUGAACAUCUUAAACAGACAUGUUGGUAUUUAUAGAUUUAACAUAUUUUUUUGUACUAUACAUGUUUUAUUCUUCUAUGCUGUAAUAUUGCAAAAUGUGGAGAAAAUUGUGCUGUACUUUCCCCUGUUUGUUAGCAUAGGUUUAGUGAUGCUGAUUGCUGUGCUAAUCCAGAUCCUGAUUCUGCUGAGAAAUAAUCUUUAUCUGUUUUGAAUUUUUCUGUGUUUUGACUUGUCUGGCUCAGUAUGUAUUUAUUCAUUGAAGGAUAUAUUAUUCAGCUACUGAUCACUACAGUGCCUUUAUCACAAACUAGAACUCUUUCUCUGCAGUUCAGGUCUUUUGAACCUUCAGUAGGUUUUCUCUCAAAGUCUGUGUAACAAAAUCAUCCAUAUAGGAGCGUGACACUAUACCAUGUACUUGGGUCUCUGCUGUGCGGCAUAUAACACAUGUGCUUCUGUAUUGUGUCAGUUUCAAGGCGUGAUUCUUGUGUUUGAAUAACAAAAACAAGCUUCCACCCAAUUUUAAAGUUGUGCAGUGAGGAAGUGAAGGUUGAUUUGUUUUUGAGAGAAACUUUAUCAUGCUAUGUGUGUGAACGUUUGGAUUACAUCCAUCUACAGUGUUAUUUCUCUGUUGUUCCUUGAAGAAGCGAUGUUUCUUUUGCAGGUUCCAGUUUACUACAUGAAUGUAAGUUUCGUAUUUGGUGUUUUCUUAUUUGGGCUGGGGAUUAACAAUAUAGGAUGAGGCUGGGCAUUGUCUAUAUGUUUCUUAUUGCCUCUGUCAAGUGAAAAUACUAACCCAACUAUAUGUAAUUCCAUCUCACAAAACUCUCUAAUAUUCAGAUCACUUAUGCACUUAAUGGUCCUGAAGGUAAAAGUAUAACAAGUGUUAAUCCUGUUCAUUAGAGUUUGGGCGUAUAUUUUGGGUCUCUGCGUUUCCUUUUCAAAAUAAAAAAUGUAAUAACUUUUAGGACUUUCUUUAAUACUUCUAAACAUCAAAUCAUCACUGCAGGAACUAUUAAACUAGACUACUGUACACAUCAGAGGUAAUUAAAGGGCCACAAAGAUUUUUUUUUCAAUGACUCAAAGGUCCAUGUGUUGUGGUCAGUCAGGCCACAUGCAAUAAUACUGUAAUAUUCAAAACAAAAUGUCCUUUUCAUU